AUGGAGCUCAAACUUCUAUCAAAGGGUGGUGAUGAGGUGGAAAAGAAUGUAGACGUCCAGGAGAACCUCCGUGAGGCGGACAAAGGUCGUGCCGGUGAUAUGGAAAUCCAGGUCCCUCCUGGUUCUGUUUCUGAGAGCAUGCAUUCCCUGCACGUAUCCCACACUAAUCUCGCUCCAGCAAUGGAUGAAAAGGAGAAAAUCCGUCGAAAGUCUGUGGCUCUGCCUGUGUAA